CAUUUUCGUUCUUACCCAAAACCCUCGCCCGUGUCGCGGUCGCAGAGCACUUCGCGGCGGCUCGUUCUCAGUUGUCGCAGUUCUGCCCACCACCGACCGACCGACCGACCAUGAACCUCUCCAGCAGCUCCAUCUCCACGCCUUCCCACAGGGCCCUCCGCCCCCACAACCAGCUCCUCCUCUUCGGUUGCCGCCGCCGCCGCAACGCCGCCUUCGUCGUCUGCUCGGUCAGGCCGCCCUCCGCCUCCUCGUCGGCCACCCUCGCCCCCGGGCCGGUGACGAUCGAGGCACCCGGCCGGAUCGGGGGGCUGAGCCAGGUCUCCGGGGUGUUGGGAUGCCAGUGGGGCGACGAAGGCAAAGGGAAGCUCGUCGACAUCUUGGCUCAGCAUUUCGACGUCGUUGCUCGUUGCCAGGGUGGGGCUAACGCUGGGCAUACAAUCUAUAAUGCAGAGGGAAAGAAGUUCGCUCUUCACCUCGUUCCAUCAGGUAUUCUUAAUGAGGACACUCUAUGUGUUAUUGGGAAUGGUGUUGUAGUUCAUCUGCCCAGUUUGUUCAAAGAAAUUGAUGGAUUAGAGGCCAAUGGAGUCUCUUGCAAGGGAAGGAUUUUGGUGUCUGAUCGCGCUCAUCUGUUAUUUGAUUUCCAUCAAGAGGUGGAUGGUCUUAGGGAAGCUGAGCUUGCUAAUUCUUUUAUUGGAACAACCAAAAGAGGAAUUGGACCCUGUUACUCCAACAAAGUUAUUCGAAAUGGAAUGAGAGUGGGUGAUUUGAGGCACAUGGACACUUUUCCUGAAAAGCUUGAUCUUUUAUUAUCAGAUGCAGCCUCAAGAUUCCCAGGUUUUAAAUAUGGCCCUGGUAUGCUUGAGGUAGAAGUGGAAAGAUACAAGAGAUUUGCCGAAAGGUUGGAGCCUUUUAUAGAUGAUACUGUGCAUGUCUUGAACGAGUCAAUAUUACAGGAGAAAAAGAUAUUAGUUGAAGGUGGUCAAGCUACCAUGCUGGAUAUUGACUUUGGAACUUAUCCAUUUGCAACAUCGUCUAGCCCAUCGGCUGGUGGAAUCUGCACUGGCCUUGGCAUUGCACCAAGAGUCCUGGGUGAUCUUAUUGGUGUUGUUAAAGCCUACACUUCAAGGGUCGGUUCAGGUCCUUUCCCAACAGAACUAUUGGGGAGUGGGGGUGAUACACUUAGAUCUGCUGGGCAUGAGUUCGGAACAACUACUGGCCGUCCUCGUCGUUGCGGAUGGCUUGAUAUAGUAGCUUUGAAAUACUGCUGCCAAAUCAACGGCUUUUCUUCUUUAAAUCUUACCAAGCUUGAUGUUCUAUCUUAUCUUCCUGAAAUCCAUUUGGGGGUGGCUUAUACAUUGACUGAUGGCACACCAAUCAAAUCGUUUCCAGCAGAUCUGGAUCUUCUCGAACAAUUGAAGGUGGAAUAUGAGGUUUUACCUGGUUGGAAGUGUGACAUUUCUUCUAUCAGAAACUACUCUGACCUUCCAAAGGCUGCACGGCAGUACGUGGAAAGGGUUGAAGAGCUUGUUGGUGUACCUAUACAUUAUAUCGGUGUCGGACCUGGACGGGAUGCCCUCAUUUUCAAGUGAUAGAGAUAAUUUUCCUUCCUAACAUGCCGGGUUAGUCUAUAAUUUGGGACAGGAAUCCUUCUUUCUUUUUGUGGCUUAGAAAAACCAUUUCGACCAUUUAUCCGAGCUUGAUGGAGGAAUCAUUUGUACUCAGUUGUUGUUUCUGUCAUGGUUGUAGUGGUCUUAGUUACUGAAAUCCAGCUGUUCCAUAUGUAAGACAUAGGGACAUAGAGAGAUCUCUUCUCUUGGUCAUAGUAGUCUUGCAAUUCCUGGACCAAUGAUGUUAAACAUGUAUUUUUGUUGGUUUUUUGUUCCCCCAUUGUGCUGACAACAUGCUAUCGAAAAGGUCUUAGGA